AUGACGACGUCCAGACAUCUCGUCGCCGCCGCCCUGGUCCUCGCCGCCGCCCUCUUGGCCCCCCGCGCCGCCGCCACGCAGUCUCUGAGCAGCUACUGCGAGAGCGUCACGGUGCCGCAGCUGUGCGCCAACGUCAUAUCCAAGUCGGGCGCCACCACGCUGGGCGAGCUCACCAAGGCCUCCAUCCUGGAGGCCGCGAGCACCGCGCAGUCGGCGCACGACACGGUGUCGCGCGUCGAGGAGACGCAGAACCUCGACGACCAGCUGAAGCACAACCUCGGAGUCUGCGCGGAGGCCUUCAGCGGCGCGGCGGCGAGCCUGAAGGACGCGGCGCAGAAGCACGAGGAGCUGGGGGCGACGCCGCAGCACCACGAGGCCACCGCCUUGAUCGCCAACGCCGUCGUCGAAGUCGGCAAGUGCAACGACGGAUUCAGCGAGAACCCCGGCCUGGUCUCGCCGGUGGCCGACGUCACCAGCAUCCUCAAGAAGCUCAUCAGCAACAGCCUCGCCUUGUCGGUGGACUUCGAGGUCAGGAACGGCUCCGACUGA